CAUGCUCCGUGCGAGUCCACGUGGGGGCGGGAGAACAAAGCUGCUGCCUCCGUGUAACGCGGGGCUCCGAGCUGAGCAGGUGCUGCUCCCCGGGGUCCGUGCGGGGGGAGCCCGGCAUUAACUCCUCCAUGCCCGGCCGGGGGGGGCUUUCUCCAGCUGGGACCCGCCCCCUGGGCAGCCCCGGGCCGGAGCCCCCCGGCUGCAGAAUGAUGUCCAUGUUUCACUCCAGUUCAUCCCAGCCGCCCAUGGGACAGGGGAGAGAAAUGGCUGCAGAGGGGUCAGUCCAGGGGCCGGUGGCCUUUGAGGAGGUGGCUGUGUAUUUCACCAGGGAAGAAUGGGCUCUGCUGGACCCCACUCAGAGAGCCCUCUAUUGGGAUGUCAUGCAGGAGAACUAUGAGAAAGUGACCUUGCUGGGCACUUGUGGAUGACCGUGGGCGUUUCACAGACAUUAACACAGACUGAUCCGGAAAGGUGCAUGCCGCACGCAUCUUUCAGAACACUGGCCUAUUCAGGAAGCUGAAAGCAGGGACUUUCUUCCCUGACCAGAAGAUCACUUUAGGAGAAGUUGAAAUGCCCACUGUGAUCCUGGGAGACCCUACUUACCCCUUAAUGCCGUGGCUUAUGAAGUCAUACAUGGGGUAUUUUGACAGCAGCAAGGAGUUUGUUCAACAACAGGCUGAGCAAGUGCAGAAUGACAGUUGAGUUUGCUUUUAGCCAUUUAAAGACCCGCUGGCGCUGCCUAUGUGGAAGGCUGGACCUGGCUGAUGACAAUAUUCCUAUACUUAUAGCCGCACGCUGUACGCCCCAUAAUAUCUGUGGAGGGAAGGGUGAAAGCUUCAUUUAGGGUUGGAUGGCUGAGGCUCAGCACCCGGAGGCUGAAUUUGAACAGCCAGAGACCAGGCCUAUUAGAGGGGUGACGCAUGGGGCCAUAAGGAUCAGGAAUGCCUCGAGGCAGCAAUUUGAAGCUAAAAGCCACUAAUAUUUGUGGCUAUUCACAGGAGUUCAGUGCAGUGCUUGUAAUGCUAGGAGGUGAUUGCUGCAGACGAUGCACUAUGAAGGUUUAAGAAAACUGUGUGUUGCCUUGGAACGCUCUGUUUGCUUUCCAUUAAUGGAAUAAAGAUUGCUUUCAAACCAAAACUAUUCUUUUAUGAAAAAACAACCACUGGAGGAAAGUCAAAAAAAAAAAAAAAAAACACAUCAGCACUGUGGGGGAUGGGGGAAGGGAGGGGCACAUGAGGAGGUGGGGUCAGGGGACAGUUAAAGAUUUGUGUAUGUGCAGGUAUCAUAUCCAACGUUAUCCAUUGGAGUACAGUGCAGCGGGUACUAUACUUCAGCAGGAAUAAACUACAGUGGGACGGGUGUUGAAUGCACUGGGUGUUGGGCCUUCGCAGGGCUGGACUGUGAUGGGGCAAGAGUGGAAUGCAGCGAGUACAGACUGGAGCCAGGAGGUGGAUAAGAGUGUAUUGGUGGUGUCAAGGGGACGUAUUGGAAAGAGUUUUGCGACAGCAGAUGCAGGGGAGGGUGGUCGCGGAGUUGCUCCGUUUGCAGUGCUAGUAGCACCUGGAGCGUGUCCACUUGGUGUGACAGAAUGAAGCCACAGAGCAGCUCUUAAAUGUUAUGGACGGCUGUGUUCUCGUUUCGGUCCCUCUUCUCGCUGUCCGGCCGCUCCUGCAAUUCUUGCUUUUUGGCCAUGGAGUGCAUCAUGACCGCAUGCAGAAAGUUCUCUUUAGUUCUUCAUGGUUGCUUUCUAAUUCUGUGCAGCCGUUCAGCCGGCGAUAACCAAGAGGGAGGCGGGGCU